UAUAACUUCUCUGUUUCCAGUUUUUAUAUGGGUCGGAAAAUUUCGAUGAAUGAGUUCCAGUAAAGAUAGGGACUCUGAGAACAGCCACCGAAGCAAGAAGAAGUCAAUUCUUCCCAAGGUUUUUGGAUCAAGACGGUCUGGUAAAGAAGAAGAAGAUGCAUCAAAUAAUAUGAACAACAGAGGAAAUCAUGAUGAUCAAGGCAACAACAAUGAAUAUUUCAAUGAUUUGAAGCGACGAAUGGCUCCUCGAAAGAAACCGAUACUUGACAACUCUUCUUCGAUGAUCUGGAAGACUGCUUCUGAGAGAAUGGAAGGCUUGAACCUAUCGGGUUCUAUGGCACCACCAUCAGAGAUUCGUGAACUCAGGGUGUUUGUAGCUACGUGGAAUGUAGGAGGAAGAACACCAAACAACGAUCUUAACCUCGAAGACUUCUUACUCGUUGAAGGCACAGCAGAUAUAUACAUUUGUGGGUUUCAAGAGAUUGUUCCUCUAAGUGCAGGAAAUGUAUUAGUAGUUGAAGACGAUGAGCCAGCAGCUAAAUGGUUAGCUCUAAUAAGCCAAGCUUUAAACAAACCGAAACAAGACUCUGCUUCAAGAACAACAACCUCUAGUAGUAAUUGUCGUGGUGAAGAGUCAAGAACACCAAGUAGUCUAAGUUUCUUUCAAAGACCUAAUCUUAAAGUCUUGAGCAGAAACUAUAGAGUCGAUUCAAGUCUUUUGAAGACUUGUAAUUAUCAGGUUAUCGGUACUUCGGUUGGUUGGGAAGCUAGGCGGUCUAAAAAGUAUAGUGAUCAAGUUGUAGAUAACAAUAAUUAUGUGGAGCCUGAGAAUUUUAGGGUUCAUGAGAAUUUAUUGUUUGAUGAUGUUCCUGCCACUACCAAGAUGCCGGGACAAAUGAGUUAUCGACUGAUUGCUAGUAAACAAAUGGUUGGUUUGUUUUUGUCUGUUUGGGCUAGAAAGGAGUUGAUUCCACAUAUAUCUCAUCUUAGGCUUGAUUCUGUUGGAAGAGGAAUCAUGGGUCGCUUGGGUAACAAGGGAUGCAUUGCUAUAAGCAUGUCAUUGCACCAAACAAGCUUUUGCUUUGUGUGUAGCCAUUUGGCCUCUGGUGAGAAAGAAGGGGAUGAGAUGAGAAGAAACGCAGAUGUAGCUGAGAUUCUGAAGCAUACUCAGUUCCCCAAAAUCACCAAGAACCUUAGUUGUCGCGCACCCGAAAGAAUAGUUGAUCACGACCGAGUGGUUUGGCUUGGAGAUUUGAAUUACAGAGUUGCUUUAACCUAUGAAGAGACAAAAGUAUUACUAGAAGAAAAUGAUUGGCAUACUCUUCUUGAAAAAGACCAGCUCAACAUGGAAAGAGCAGCAGGAAGAGUCUUCUCUGGAUUUCAAGAAGGUCAAAUAUUCUUUGCUCCAACGUAUAAAUACUCUCAAAACUCAGAUGCUUACGCCGGAGAGACCAAUAAGUCAAAGAGAAAACGCCGUACUCCUGCUUGGUGUGAUCGGAUUCUCUGGAGAGGAGAAAGAAUAGAACAACUUUCUUAUAUUCGAGGAGAAUCAAGGUUUUCAGAUCACAGACCGGUUUGUGCAAUCUUUGCAGUAGAAGUUGAUGUAAAGAGUAUGAACAAAGGUAGAUUAAGGAAAGGUUAUUCUAGUGCGGCUGCAAGAUUGGUUGAAGAUUGCAUUCCACAAAGGCAUAGUUUUUACGACUAAGAUUGUUACAAUUCUUUUUGAAAGAGGUAUUGUUUCUAGAUUGUAUAUAGAUUUGGAUCAACAAAAAAAAAACAAUCUUGAGACAUAAGUAUAUCUGUCUUCACACCCCAAGUCCCAUAUAAGUGUUACAACAACACUUAGGUAUUGUUUGUAAAUUACUGGUUUAAACUGUGGAAGGCUAUGUAGCCCUCUUCUCUAUA